UUGUCAGACGUACAUUACAAUCAUCCGCGGAUGAACCCUAAUUUGUUUUGCUCAAAAAUGUCUUCGUGCUGAUUAAAAUGAUCAGAGCCCUGUCCAAUUCCUCAAAGCUGCAUCAAGUUUUGGAAUCGGAGAGCAAAGACAACUUCCUGCCCAAUCCCUAUUGAGGUGUUGAUUUUUCAUCGUUUGCAAUUAGUUUCUGGGGAACUUUUGUGCUGUGGAGUUUAUCUAUUUGUCAUAGAAGACAGAUAAAAAAACAUGUCUGAUAAGAAGGAAGAGAAAUCGCAGGCUGCGGCUGAAAGAAUCAAGGCUGCAGCCUUGACUGCUGCUAAAGGCCUUAGUCGUGCCCAGGCUGAAAGGGCGGCGGCCGCGGCGGCCCGAAAUGUCAAUGCUUAUGGGCAGAAAGAAGAAGGGCCUAGCAGAUGGCAGGAGAAAAGGGAAGCAAAGAGGCAGAUGUAUCUAAUGAGUACUGAGAAAGCUGUUAAAUUGGGUGAAAGAAAAGACCUUAAGCCUGCAAUGUCGGCUGCGGGUGGAGCGGCGCAGUGCCAAAAAUGUUUCCAAAGUGGCCACUGGACAUAUGAAUGCAAGAAUGAACGGGUUUACAUCUCAAGACCAUCUCGGACUCAGCAACUGAAAAACCCUAAAUUGAGGGUGAAUGUCUCUGUGACUUAUGAUUUGGAUGAUAAUAUUCCUGAUGCUAAGAUGGAAAAGGCCAAAAAGAAUUCCAAGAAAACCAAAAGGAAACAUCGGUCUGACUCCAAUUCAGGUAGUGAUAGUGAGGAUUCAGUUUUUGAGACUGAAAGUGGCAGCGGGUCAUCAUCUGUUACAGGAUCAGAUUCUUCUUCUGGAAGUAGUUCAGGUUACAGCUCCUCAUCUGAUUCAGAGGAAGAACGACGGCGGAGGAGGAAGAAGAAGCAAAAGAGAGGAAGACGCAGGAGGUACAGUACAUCAUCAGAAUCAUCUGAUUCAGAUUCUGCUUCAGACUCUGAUUCUGAUGAUAAAAGCAGCCGGAGAAAGAAGAGGCAUAAUCGAAGACGCUGAAUGAGACUGAAGAAUGUGUGGAGCAACUAAGAGUUUGCUGAGUCAGGGGGACAAGGUGGAUUGUGACAAGGUCUUUGAAUGCAAUCAUCAAGGUUCCGCAGAUAUAGUGCUUGUUUAUGAUGAGUAAUGUAGACUAGGGUUUUAUUUUGAGUAAUGAGAAAAUAAUUAAGCUUUGUUAGAUGCAGGGUUGUUGUUGUUGUUGUGUUUUUUUUCCUUUGAUUACUAGUUAUCCCGAAGAUACUUGGAAGUUAGAUUUUAUCUUUCAGCAUUCAAUUUUGUGGAUGUGAUCUAUGUAUGUUAUAUUGAGAUGUUCAAGAACUUGGAUGAUUUUUGCAAUUGAUGCAAUUUUCAAAUGCUGUCAUAGUUGGAUUCGGAUA